CGCAGGUCUGGUUGUGGGGUUGGCAGGGACCGCAGAGCUGGACUCAUCUAAAGGCAUUGGUCUCAGAAAAGCUAAGCAAAAAAGAGGGCGCGGGUGGCGGCUCACGCCCAGAAUCUCAGCACCAAGGUAGGUCGCGGCUAAGCCGCGCAGGCCCGAGCAGGAUGUCGUACAUGCUCCCGCAUCUGCACAAUGGCUGGCAGGUAGACCAGGCCAUUCUUUCCGAGGAGGACCGCGUGGUCGUCAUUCGGUUCGGGCACGACUGGGACCCCACCUGCAUGAAGAUGGACGAGGUUCUGUACAGCAUCGCAGAAAAGGUUAAAAAUUUUGCAGUUAUUUAUCUUGUGGAUAUUACAGAAGUGCCUGACUUCAACAAAAUGUAUGAGUUAUACGACCCGUGUACUGUCAUGUUUUUCUUCAGGAACAAGCAUAUCAUGAUUGACUUGGGCACUGGCAACAACAAUAAGAUCAACUGGGCCAUGGAAGACAAGCAGGAGAUGGUUGACAUCAUAGAGACUGUGUACCGAGGUGCCCGCAAAGGCCGGGGCCUGGUAGUGUCUCCCAAGGACUACUCCACAAAGUACAGAUACUGAGCACGACCCCUGCAGACUGUGCAGAGGACCCUGGGAGCCACUGUCAACGUGGAAGUACUCAGCUCUUCACAGCCUUUGGGAAGGAUAUGCAUCAGUGUGGGGCUCCAGGGCUAGAGCGCCCUUGAGAUGGGUCACGGGGCCUUAACUAGUUGAAGCAAAUAAAUGUGUGGUGAAAGAACA